CCAACCUGCCCCAGCGACCACCUGUUAAUAGCGACCAACAGUCAAUAACGACCACACUGAUUUCCUCCCGAACGAUUUCACUAUAUAUUGAACCUGCGAAUAAAGCCCACCUGUGAACAAAGACCAACGACCACCCUUUUACAUUCCCAAAUCUUCAUUUUGAUAGCUUACAACGACCACUGCAAUCAUAAAAAUCAACGAUUUUGCAACUUAAAAAAAAAAUGGCCACCAUGACGCUGCGUAGUCACGUGAUACACAUCUUACCAGUGGACUCGUCGGUCGCUAUGGAGACAUUGUCUGGCAGAGCUGUUGAGCCAUGGGUCUCACCAAGCAGUACCUACGCUACAGGGCAGAUGAAGUGUUUGGUCUAGUGGGCACUGGCAAGUCCAACAUUGUGUACAUUGGUGCCAUACCAGGCAAAUACUGUGCUGUGGGGGCGUGUGAAAACGUCAUCAUCUGGGAUCUGAGGACUGGAGAGAAACAUCUAACGCUAAAAGGAGAAAAGCACGAAGUAACAGAACUUGCAGCGUCAUCGGACAACCAGCAUGUUGCUGUUGGUUACAGUGAUGGCAGGAUAUGCGUGUUCAACUUGCAGUCUGGCGAGGCGGUGAUCACAUUCAGUGGUCACAAGUCUGCUGUGUCUGCGUUGGCGUACGACCAGACGGGAUUGAGACUAGUAUCUGGGGGCAAGGACACCGACCUGAUUGUGUGGGACAUUGUGAAUGAGUGUGGCUUGUACCGACUUAAAGGUCAUAAGGGCCUCAUAACGGAGGCAGCGUUCUUCAAGCACAAGAACAUCCUUGUUUCAAGCUCAAAAGACACAUUUGUAAAGUUUUGGGACCUAGACACGCAGCAUUGCUUCAAGACUUUGGUGGAACACAGGGCAGAGGUGUACGGGUUUGUGUUGCUGCGUGAUGACACAAGACUGGUCACUGGGUCAGCAGACAGUGAACUCAGGGUCUGGGACAUACUGGACUCAGCACAUCAGGAGAGCCCCACUAAGAAGCCCCGUCUAGAGGUUAACCCCGAGGGGGAGGAGGAGGAGCUGGGUCCCCUGCACUGUGUUAAGGUCGGCUCAGUGUUCAGGUCAGGCCGUGACAGGCUGGUAUCCAUGGACACGGACAAGGAACAGAAAGCACUCAUCUGCCAUGGAAGUGAUAGAAUACUGGAAGUGUUCACUCUGACAUCCGAGGGGGACCUCAAGAAACGCUUGGCAAAACGCCAAAAAAAACAGAGGAAGAAAGAUGGUCUGCCUGCAGACAGCGAGGUCUCAGUGAGUCUCAAGCUGGAGGAUGAGAUCAGCAAGCAUGCAGCAAUCAAGAUGUCCGCCAAGAUUGUGGCAGCCGAUGUCGUCAUAGCAACGGGGAGUUCAGUCAAGGUGGUGUGUCUGUUCACCAACAACACAGUGGGGUACUCUACAGUGGACCUGGUAGACAAGAAGACUACCACCAGUGGGGUGGGAGUGAUCAGCCACUGCUCCCACCAGAGUGACGUGAGGACCCUGGCCUUCAGCUCGGACAAUACUGCCCUGCUGUCAGCCAGCAGCGAGUCUGUAAAGGUCUGGAACAGGGCCUCCUUGCAGUGUAUCCGUACCAUGUCAUGUGACUAUGCACUGUGCUCCUUGUUUGCCCCUGGAGACAGACACAUUAUACUGGGCACCAAGAGUGGAAAGCUGCAGGUGUUUGACAUAGGCAGUGGUUCUCUUCUGGAGGACAUCACAGCUCACAGCGGUUCAGUCUGGUCCAUAUGUAUGGCUCCUGACAAGAGAGGGCUGAUAUCUGGGGGAGCUGACAAGCAGGUGAAGUUCUGGAACUUUGAGCUGGUGGCUGAUGAACAAAACCCAACAGCAAGCAAACAGUUGAGCCUGGCCCACAUGCGCACCCUACAGAUGGAUGAGGACGUGCUGUGUGUGCGGUGUAGCCCUGACCAAAGGCUGCUGGCCGUCUCCCUGCUAGACAACACUGUCAAGGUGUUCUUCCUUGACACUCUCAAGUUCUUCCUGUCCCUGUACGGCCACAAGCUGCCUGUGUUAUGCAUGGACAUAUCAGCUGACAGUACCCUCCUUGUGUCGGGGUCAGCCGACAGGAACAUCAAGAUCUGGGGCCUCGACUUUGGGGACUGUCACAAAUCUAUAUUUGCCCAUGACGACAGUGUGACGUGUGUACAGUUCAUUGCAAAGACUCAUUUAUUCUUCUCUGGUGGCAAAGAUAACAAGAUCAAAGAGUGGGACGCAGACAAGUUUGAACAUAUCAUAACCCUUGAGGGUCACCACGGUCAGGUCUGGUGCCUUACUGUCAGUCCGAGCGGUAAUGUGCUGGCCACAGCGUCCCAUGACAAAUCCCUGCGCCUCUGGCAGAAGACUCAUGAGCCCCUCAUACUGCAAGAGGAACGGGAAAUGGAGAGGGAGAAGGAGUUUGAGAACACAUUGGGACAGGAAGGAGAGGCUGUGGUUCCAGGGGAAACAAACACAGAGACGGGACUGGCUGGCAAGAAGUCUGUGGAAACUGUGAAAGCAGCUGAGAGACUGAUGGAAGCCAUCGAUGUGUACAAGGAAGAGAAAUACAAGUGGUCAGUCUACCGCCUGGAGGCGCAGUCAGGCAGAAAGAUUUCAGAACCGGACCCACAUCCUAUGAUGCAGGCAUUCAAUGCCCCAACUCCAGAGAAAUAUGUGCAGCUUGUGUUGCGGAAGGUGAAAUCCAGCGAACUAGAGGAGGCAUUGCUGGUGCUUCCGUUCCAGUACGUGAUAGAGCUGCUCAAACUGCUUGACGAGUUCAUCACCGCAGGCUGGGAUGUGGAACUCAACUGUAGAUGCCUGUUCUUUCUGCUAAGGGUUCACCAUGGACAGAUUACCUCCUGCUCAGAGCUGCUGACUGUCAUCGACCACAUGAGGAAGGCUACACCGGACAGACUGUCACAGCUCAGAGACCGAGUUGGUUUUAAUCUUGCUGGCCUGCAGUUCAUACAGCGGGACAUUGAGCAGUCUGAGGACACUGUGUUCUUUAUGGAUGCCACGGACCGCUUCAAAGAGAAAAAGAAAAAGUCGAAAAAGAAAGCAAUAUUAGCUAUUAAGACAUAGUUAUGUAUAAAAAUAAAUAAAAAGUGUAAUUUUA